AUGCUGGCCCAGAUGCCGCCAGCGUUGCCGGCGCAUGGCAACUCGGUCGCACCAGGGACAGCAUCGUUUUCCCCGUCAUCGCCCUCGCCCUCGCCCUCGCUAUCACCGUCAGCAUCGCCGGUCUCGUCGUUUGUUAGCGCCGGACCGACGCCUCGACGCAACCCUUCCGAUACGCUGCGUUCCUCUGGCAUGUCUAGCACCACAACUGCCGCCGCCGCCUCAGCUGACACCACGCGGACCGCGUCGCCAGCUCGCACAUCGGUCACACCUGCCUCGUCUCACGCCCCAUCAGCAUCGCCUUCCGCGUCAUCGCCCGGAUCCGCAUGUGCUUCGACCAACGGCACCCGCUCGAACGUAAAGCUGGCGCACGAUGCUGCCGCCGUCCGACCUCCAUCGUCCCACCCCUCGCCUUCCAGGCCCAAUCGGGCCAUCCUGGGUCCAGACGGCCAAUACUACACGCCUGGAGAAGCCGCUAAGCUUGGCCUCACCAUCAGAACUGCCUGCGAGGCCUGCCGCACCCGCAAGCUCCGUUGCAGUGGCACGCCGCCGGAGCAGGGCGGCUGCCAGCGCUGCAGCAGCGACGCCAUCCCCUGCAUCUACACCGCUCGGGCUCCCAUCGGCAGGCCAAAGAAGCGCAAGGUCGAACAGGGCGACGAAGAUGCAGACAAGCCCGCAUCGGCCGAGGUCCGCCAGGCCAGGCCGAGCAGCAAAUUGUCCUCCGUCAAGUCGUCGACCGACCCAUCGAGCCGCGUAGGCAAGGCCCGCCCGCAGAAGAAGCAGGCGAAGGCUGUGCAGCAUUCCGCGAGGGAACGGCAGCCUGCCGCGCUGCACGAGAUCAAGGGCGAAGCAAGUGCUUCCUUACGGCAUGGUUCUAUGCCAGACUCAGUUCCCUCCGACUUCGCCCAGCUCCUGUCUGCUGCGGCUGCCGUCCAUGGGCAGGCCGACGCGGCAGAAGACUCGCAGCACUCGAGCGCCAGCCAGGCCCCACGACCUGGUCUGCUGCCCCCAGAACGACACCAUCUUUCGCACGCGCCUUCCUAUCUGCCCUCUCAUCCGACUCCUUCUCACGCAGGGAAUGCGCCAUCCCACUCCCCUUCGACUGGACCCGUCGAAACUGCUCUUAGUCACGCGGAUUACCUCGGGAAUUCCCCUUUCAGGCCAGCUACCGCCUCAUUCGCCCAGCCUUCCAGCAUGUCGCCACACGACCCCAGCGUUCCGUCACUCGACGACCUCUCCAUUGCCGCGUUCCUCCAGUCGCUCGACACGCUCGAGAUCGAACCAUCCGAGCUUCUCAAUCGACACGUCGGUGCCGCGGGCAAUAGCGUUGACCGCUCGCGCUCGACCCUGAAAGCUCCUGAUAGUGGCGGCGGCAUGGUCAUGGGCUCGGCUGGAUCAUCCUGGGCGAACGGCCACCAGCCUUCCUUUCCCACGUCGACGCGCCAGUCGGCGUUUACGAGUUCCCGGGAGCAGACAGCAGAUCAUACCCUCGCACUGCCUCCAUCUGCGACGGCGACUCCCGGAGUCGACGCGAUAUCCGCAGAGGACCUAGAGGCGCAGUUCAACGAGUGGUCCUCGAGCAGUGCCAUCCUGCAAGAUGGCCUCAGCUUCGCCGUCCCCGCCGACUUCUCCUGGUGGGAUCUCGGCCCGAGCCUCGAUCCAGACCUGUCUAGCACCGCGGCGACGCCAGCGAACGAGUUGGCUCAGGCUGGACCCUGGGGCCCUGUCUCGCGGCCCCCCUCGCGCUACCUGGUGAAGGACCCGCCAUCGCAUCGCCGCAACGACCCGGCUGCGCGACAUGGGCAGGAUUGGAGCAACAGGGCGGCGCAUGCGGGCCUACAGCUGUCGACGAGGUGGCCUCGGGGUGCAGAGAACGGCAUGGGCCAGGGGCAGAUUCAAACCACUGGCAAUGCAUCGGCAACCGGCCUGUCCUGGGCGUCGAUACCCCUGAGCCCUGUAGGGCCCAGCACCGCCCAACCUGCAGCGUCGGGACCCGCAACGAGCGACUGCGGCAGUCCCUCAGCAAGAUCUUCCACCGCCGCCGCCGUCGAGGCGCAGCAGUCUGCUGGCCCGAGCGUCGAUGCCGGAACGGUCAAGCCUUGCUGCUCUUCAAAGAAGGCGGCUGCCGACGGAUCCGGCCCGAUGGCAGCUCACCAAGAAACGGCCGUGUCGCAGGACAGCGUUCUGGAUCCAUCUGACUCUUGCUGCAGCAAGGACAGGAGCAGCGUCGCCUCGACAACGACGCCGACAACAGGUCGGCCGGUGCCAAGCUGCUGCUCAAAGAAGAAGGACGCCACCCCAGAUCACGUCACGUCGGCUUCGACGACGAAGGCGCCAGGCACACAAUCCGACGCAGGCGCGCACGCCGCGGAUGGCAAGCCGCUCUCGUCCUCGUCUUCGUCGUCGCCCAAGUCCCAGCCGAGCAAGGUGCACUGCGUGCCCAACCCGAGCGGCAAGGGCUGCACCUGCCUGUGCGACAUGAGUGUCGCGCUGCUGAGCGUCAAGCGCACGCUUCGGGAGACUGCGAGCCCGCACGUCGCCGCCAGCGGCGGGUCCUCGCAGGUCAAGCAAGAGGACGAUGGCGACUCGGGCGAGGCUGGCUCGUCGACCGACAGCGCACCGCGCAGGAGAGCGGCGGCGGCGCGCGCCGCCAGCACGACAAUCCAGCUGACCCUGAGCGCGAGCCAGGCGAUCGCAGCGCAGUGCGCCUGUUCGGCGGACUGCCCCACGUGCCGUUCGGAUCCCAGCACCGAGAUCAGCGCGAGCCUGCUGGUCUCUACGGCGCUGCAGAUCUACGCGCGGGCGGUGCGCACGCUGAGGGAGGGCUUCGCGGCGGGCGGCGCCUUUGCCGUCGUCGGCGGAAGCGGGGCGGCGGGCCCGGGCGGGCUGGACGUGCGGAUCGGCGAGUACAAGCCGGCGCCGGCCAAUGCGCGGCGGAUCGCGCUGUUUGCCAUGAAGCUCGAGCUCAAGGAUCUGAGCGCGGCGCUGGGCAAGAUUUCGAGGAUGGCGCAAAAGACCCGACAGCGCACCGACCCCAGUGCGCGGGGCGAGGAGGAGGCGAGGUCGCAAGGAGGCGAGGGGGCGCCGAAGUCCAACGACGGUGCCUCUGGCGGGGCGACAACUACCACGGCGACGGCGACGGCGACGGCGCCGGACGCCAGCUGGAUGAAUCCGAUCGACCAGCUCGUCAUCCUCAAGCUGCACCAGCAGCUGGGCGAGCUGCUCGCCACCGUCGAGAACCUCGAGGCGCAGUCGAGCGUUCAGCCCGCGAGCGGUCACAGUCACCACCACCAUGACCAGGACCACCAUCAGCAGUCGCACGUCCAGCCGCGCUCCGUCCUCAUGCAGUGA